AUCCGGGUUUGCUCGGAGUCGCCACAGGGACGGUUGACGCGUCAGGGACCUCGGGAGUUGCUUGGAAAAUAACUUAAGACCACUCCGGUAUUUUCGAAUUACAGCUGUCAUCUUAGUCCGGAGCCUCGACCAUCGUCUGUCAUACCCGAAUAUCCACCAUCAAAUACAUAUCGGUCUCACAGAUUUCCAGCUUGCUCGAUAUACAGACCCACGCGCUUCGCCACUAUUGUGUGAUUCUCCGAUGAAAACCUAGUCGUGCUGCCUCAAUUCUCGGCAGCCUGCAUUGUCGAUCGACUUCACUCUCAGCUGCUGUCUCACUCUUGUCACUCUUGGUUCAACAUCGGAUAACGGGACGAGUAUAUUCACGUGGGCCCUCGCCGAAUCCAAGACGCCAUCAUUAUCACACCACGAUUGCAACCACGUUUGCUUCAGCAACAGGAAUCAUGAGUGGUCUAAUACCGUUGCUACUACCAACUUCCGCGGCGUAUAAAUCAACCAUUGGCUCUACUACAGAGAUAAACCGAAGAGCUUCACUGGCUCCGUCUUCAUUUCCAUCUCCACCAUCAUCUCCACCAUCAUCCCUAAUUCAUCGCCGGCAACAGUCUUUACCAUCCAUUAGGACAGCAAGACGAGGUUCUCUUAUUCAAUCACCCACCUUAUCCAUUAUUCCAUCCACCCCAUCGGAGUGGAAGAAUGCUAUAGAUGAGGUCAAGCGAAAGUAUCUUAACCACAAGUACCGAGCAUGCUCAGCAAGAUGCUGCGAGAUUAUAGAUAACCUCAAAGACACAUCCGAUGUGGAGCCUCUUUACUUAAUUUACUUACACUUCUAUGCCGCCUCCUCUUUCGAGCUUUGCGCCAGGCCACUAUCGUACUCAUCCACUUACCGCACCAGGUUACUUAGCGAUGCCGAGAUCCACUAUGGUAAGGCCGAGGCGUUGAUCCAGAACGCGGAGGAAAACAUAACUCGAAAGACAAGAUCUACGUCGUCAUGCUCCACUGCUUCUAGCCUACACUCCCCAGAAUUGUCGCCUAGUGUACGAUCAUCAGUCUCAAGCACGACAUUUUCAUCACCUAGGUCAUCGGUAUGUUCAACAGGAGACGAGGCCGUGAUAAAGCCAAGUCCGAAAUCAGGGGUCAAGGCUAAGAAGAAGGUCUCUUUUUCCGGACUAACCGAUCUUAUCGAGUUCCAACCUGAACCAUAUAUUCGCCCAGACAGCCCUACCUUGGGAUGGGAGGAUGACAUCUUUCCUCACCACUCGGAUAGCUCUCUUCCCCUAUUCUCAGCAAACAAGUUGAAGUCGGCACCUUUGUCGAAAUCCGAGCCUAAAGAACCAGAACCGCCUUUCGAACCACAACCUACAAUACCAGAGCGCUCCGUACCUCGUGAUUCCCAGUCUGUAGAGGAGUUAAGCAUCGCAGACGACAAAUUCGAUCUCGACGCAUUCUUGCAGACACGUUCAAUGAAUAGGAUGUGUGCACAGCUUUCGGCCUUGCGUUCGCAAAUCUCCUGGCAUCGCGACGGAGUUCAGGCUUUGCUCGCUGGACCUAAUGAUACAUCGGAGGUACCUGCGCCAGCACUACCAGAAGAUGUUUCCCCUAUACCUUCGUCGCCCCUUGGUGGGAUGCGACUACCUCGUGCGAAUACUCUGCCCGUUGAGGCUGGAUCAGAUUCGCUACCAUGGACAACCUCUGGUCAACGAGACCGCUUCACCGACUCACCCGGCCCAGACAGUCCCAGAGCGAUCAUCCGACCGGCAUCUGCAGCCUCAACUAUUCGCUGUACCGACGAAGCUCUAAAGCAACGCAUAGAGCGCCUGCGCGCCAACGGCUGGCAGAGGAAGCGAUUCGAUAGCAGACGAUACGAAGCCCUGCGAGAACAGGCCCUUGGUGAACUUGCAUAGGAUGCUCUUCGCACCAAGCACCUUAUCCGACAGCGCAAAUCUUGGCUUAAAAACCGAAUAGUCAUUGCCAGCUUCACAUGUGCUUGACCAUAGCCACUUAGCUCAGACACCGAACUCUUUACCCACCCGUGUAUUAGAAAG